UUUCAAACCACAAUCAACGGCGCGUGAUUGUGAAACAGUGACAGAGAUAGAGAAAAACGUUGGGAAUUGCAUCAGAGCAAAAACCACUCACGUUCUUCUCUCUCGAGCUACCAAGAAAUUGCUUUCUCUCUCUCUCUCCCCCUCUCUGUAGUCUGUAUUUUCUUUCCUUACUUUUUUCACCAUUUUUUAUUGAAACUCGUGCGGGGUAACAAUAGCUUAGCGCUAAUUUCUAUCCCAAAAGAUAAAGCAAAAGGGUUUUUGAGAAACACCUGUGUUCUUUUUCACACUUCUUGUACCUCGGGUUAGGCCUUUUUUCUCUAUUGAGAUAACAAAAAUAUGCAGACCACUACUAAAUCAAGACCCGGUUCUCUGAACGUGCCUCAAAAACGUUCUCCCACCAAAUCGAAGCUCAAAACUCAAGGAUCAGAUUCUGAUCCUUCUUUGUCACCAAGUCCUGUAAGAAAAACACCUAAAGAUAGAAGUCCUAUAAAUGUCGAACGCCGAUCUCCAAGAACUCCAGCAGUAGAGAAGAAAAAACCGAGCAAAGUUUCCGAACUAGAUUCUCAGCUGGCCCAUCUCCAAGACGAGCUAAAAAUAGCCCGGGACCAAUUGCUCUCAUCUGAGUCGUGCAAGAAAAAAGCCGAGCAGGAUGCUGACGAGGCUAAAAUCCAGCUGGCGACAAUCUUAGCCCAGCUCGACAAAACCCAAAAGCAGCUGCACGAGCUUUCCGAUUCUGAGGAUGCUCGAAUCCAAGAACUACGCAAAAUUUCUCAAGAUCGAGACAAAGCAUGGCAAUCUGAGCUGGAAGCCGUUCGAAAACAGCACUCCAUGGAUUCUUCAGCUUUAGCUUCGGCACUUAACGAGAUACAGAGGCUCAAAUCCCAACUCAGCAAAGUUUCCGAAUCCGAAGCUUCUCAAGCAAGGCAUGCUGAGUCAGCACACGCAGAGGUUCACAGCUUGAGAGUUGAACUCGAAGAAACUCUUGAGCUUGUCGAGACGUUGAAAAGCCAGUUGAGUGAGUGCAGAGAAUCGGAAGAAAAGGCUCUGGAGGAAGUUUGUGGGGCCCAAAUGGUUUUAGAAGUUGUGAAAAAUGCUGAGGAGAAAUUAAAUUUGGAAAACGGUAAUGUUAUGGAAUUGUAUAAAUCGUUGAUGGUGGAAUUGAAUGAGUCGAGGAGCAAAGUGAGCUUUUUGGAGGGACUCGUUCAGAAAUUCCAGGCUGAUUUUUCUAAUGCCAGCAAGAAUAAUUCGGCUGAAAACGAGGGAAUUAUGAAAACUGAGAUUGAUAACUUGAGGAAUGAAGUGAGUCGGUUAAGAGAUGCCCUUGAGGAUGCUGAGAGAAGGUAUCGAGACGAAUACUUAGAAAUGACUGAGCAGAUAAAGGAUGCGAAUGAACUUGUGAAGCUCGUAAAAAUCGAAUCUUGCAAAAGGGAAUCUGAACUGGAGGCAAAGUUGAAAGAAUCGAAAGCCGGGUUUGAAGAAUUGAAGGCUGAAAUGAUCGAAAAAGAGAAUGCUUUACAAAGUGAGCUUGAGUUCGAGCAAAAAAAAGCAGAAUACACUUUAGAAGACCUAAAAGCGAACUUAUUAGACAAAGAAAUGCGCCUGCAGGCCAUUACUGAAGAAAACGAGUCGCUUAAAUCCGAAAUCUUGAAAAAAGAAGCCGAAAAAAGCGAAGAAAGUGACAAUGCACUUGCUAAGGCUGAGGCUGAACGAGAAUUGCUCAUGAAGCUUGAAAAUAUGACUCAAGAAGCUGAUAAAAGUAGCCGGAAAGCCGAGCGGCUAGCCAAGGAGCUUGAUGCGGCUCAAGCUGCCGGCUCAGAAAUGGAAGCUGAGCUGAGGAGGCUAAAAGUUCAGUCUGAUCAGUGGAGAAAAGCGGCAGAGGCAGCUGCUGCCAUGCUCUCAGAUGGGAACAAUAAUGGGAAAUUUGUCGAGAAAAUGGGCGGUUUGGAUUAUCAGAUAAUCGGGGGGAAAAUGGCGUCAUCGCCAUUUUCGGAUGAGGAUUUGGGUGUGAAGAAGAAUGGGAAUGUGUUGAAAAAGAUCGGAAUGUUUUUCAUUCAAGCUGAAAAAUUGGAGGGGCUACUAGAUUCUACUACUACUGCUGCAGAAAAGUUUAACCUCAGCAGCAUUUCCUCUGCAAGCCUCAAUUUCCAUUCUCACGUUUUCCGAGCUCAGCAAUCAUGGGUGCUUCCUGAGCUGAAUUCGCUCAUGAAGACACGUGGUAUGGGAGCUGGUCGCAAGCUGAAGUCCCACCGCAUAAGGCAGAGGUGGGCUGACAAGGCCUACAAGAAAUCCCACCUUGGCAACGAGUGGAAGAAGCCAUUUGCUGGCUCAUCUCACGCCAAGGGCAUUGUGCUCGAGAAAAUAGGCAUUGAAGCUAAGCAGCCAAACUCUGCCAUCCGUAAGUGUGCUAGGGUUCAGCUCAUUAAGAAUGGAAAGAAAAUUGCUGCUUUUGUCCCCAAUGACGGUUGUUUGAACUACAUUGAAGAAAACGAUGAGGUAUUGAUUGCCGGAUUUGGACGUAAGGGACAUGCCGUGGGAGAUAUUCCUGGUGUUAGGUUUAAGGUGGUGAAGGUUUCGGGUGUUUCACUUCUAGCACUCUUCAAGGAGAAAAAGGAGAAGCCAAGGUCUUAAGUCAUUCGAUUCGUUUUUUCCCUCCACAAACGGCAUCUUAAGUUUUGAGAUGAAAUCUUUGAUAUCUUAAGUUUAUUAAGUGAACUUUCGUUUUAUGUUGCUUAAAAUGUCAAACCCGAUUCUCUUAUGUAUGAGCUCAUGAUAAAUGACUGAGAUUUAUGUGCUUGGAAUUUUCAGGGUUUUGUUAUUUACAAUCAAGAGAAGGUUUGGUUUUCAUUUCCAUAUCCAUCAAGUUUUCGGCAGCUCA